AUGGCCCCGUCGUCGGACGCAGCCGCUCUGACCGCGCAGCUGCGCGCGCACCUCCAGUCGUACCUCGCCCACUCGGCCGCCAUCAGCCAGACGCUGCGCGACGCCAACACGCUCCAGCAAGAGCUCGAGGCCGGCCAAGCCGAGGACGUGCGCGACCGACUCGAGUCGGUGUACGACCGCAUCGACGAGCAGACCGAGGCAGAGUUCCUCCAGCUCGACGUCGCGAUGGACCUCCUGGAUGCGAUCGACGCCGCACAGGCUGUCGCGCCUGCUGCAGACGCUGGGUCCGGCAAGAAGGCGCAGCACAGGAAGCGGGCCAAGGUCGACACGUCGUCGCGCGCGGGCUCGCCCGCCUCGAGUGCCGCCCCCUCGCCCUUGCCCUCGUUCGCCGGCUCGCCGCCUCUCCACGCUCCGCCUCUGCCCCGCUCCGGGUCGCACGCCGCCAAGCCGCCGCCGCUGCUACCUGCGACAUCAUCUACGUCCUUCAACGGCAGCACGCACCAGCACCCGACGCCAAUCGCGCCCGCACCACCCUCCUCCGCGACCUCGUCCUCGCACGGCGGCGGCGGCAACAAGAAGGCCUCGGGCCCGCCGUCGCUCAAAGCGCGUCGAGACGCCCUCGCCGCACAGCUGCCGCUUCGCCCGGGCCGGCCCAUCGCCGUCAAGGAGUCGAAAAAGGUGCCCGGCGCGCCGCCUGGUGCCGGCUCGCCGCUCGGAGGUCCACCCGGCGCGGCCGACAAUUACAUCCUCGGGCGCAUCGUCAUGUGCCUGGGAGGCGACAAGAACCGGUACACGGUCGAGGACGUCGACUACGACCCGGCCAACCCGACGCCCGAAGGCGGCAAGUGGAACACGACGCUCAAGUCGAUCAUCCCGCUCCCGGAAAAGGGCGACGAGCGCUCGUACCCGGACUACGACUUCUCGCCGGGCACCUACGUCCUCGCGUGCUACCCCGAGACGACGAGCUUCUACCGCGCCGUCAUUGCGGCGGGCCCGUUGGCCGUCGCGACCGGGCAGGGCAAGAAGAAGGAGGUGCAGCGCAUCUACCGCCUCACGUUCGACGACGACGAGGGCGCGAUUCGAGACGUUCCCCUCGAGCUCGUGUGCGACCCCACGCCGCUCUGA